GUGUUUGCGAUAGUGUUUGUCUGCGCCUCGUGUCGCCUUGUUGGCUCUCUAGUAAACAUAGACUCAUCUAAAUAUUCUAUUCGAAUAUUCGCUUAGAAUAAAGGUCCAGAUUUAUACUUCUAUCUCACACAAGUGAUGACUCCAAUGAACGGUGAGCUGGUGGAGCCGCCGAAGGUGGUGGUGCUGGACGGGGGCUUCUCGUCGCAGCUGUCGUGCCACGUGGGCCACGUCAUCGACGGGGACCCGCUCUGGAGCGCCCGUUUCCUUCACACCAACCCCGAAGAAGUCGUCAACGCGCAUUUGGACUUUUUGAGAGCUGGAGCGGAUCUGAUCAUCACAAACACGUACCAGGCAUCAGUAGGCGGUUUCGUAGAGCAUUUGGGCGUUAACGAGGAACAGGCGUACGCGCUGAUAGAGCGCGCCGUUGAGCUCGCUAAACGCGCCCGCAAACUCUAUCUCGAGGAAUUCCAAAACUUCUUGCAAAAUGAUCACGUACCGCUGGUAGUGGGGUCCGUCGGUCCUUACGGGGCCCAUUUACACGAUGGCUCCGAGUACGACGGCAGCUACGCGGAUACAACAGAAGUGGAGACGAUGCGCGAAUGGCACCGACCACGCAUUCAGGCGCUCGUAGACGCAGGAGUCGAUCUGCUUGCGCUUGAGACUAUCCCGUGCCAAGAGGAGGCUGAAAUGCUUUGCGAGCUGCUCCGCGAAUACCCCCAUAUGAAAGCUUGGCUGGCCUUCAGUUGCAAGGACAACCAAAGCAUAGCUCACGGCGAAAGUUUCCAAAAAGUGGCAAAGAAGUGUUGGGAAACGAACCCUGACCAGCUGGUGGCCGUGGGAGUGAACUGCUGCGCACCGUCCUACGUGAAAAAUCUCAUGAAAGGUUUCAACGACGAUCGACCACACGCGCCGAUUCCACUUAUCGUUUACCCCAAUUCAGGCGAAAAAUACAACCCCGAGAUCGGCUGGAUCGACCGCGACAAAUGCGAAGCCGUGGAAGUGUUCAUCCAAGAGUGGCUGGACCUCGGCGCGCGGUACGUCGGCGGCUGCUGCCGCACAUACGCUGCCGACGUCAGCCGCAUCCGCAACCAGGUCGGCAAGUGGCGCGAGCGAUACCGCUUCCAGAACUUUCAACCGGAAACCGCCAGCAAACACGUCUCCUAAAUACCGACAUUACGCUUCUUUAUGACCCUAGUCGAACAAGACAAAUAACCGAAUUUAUUAAUGUUCCGAGCCUUUGAGUUACCUAAUUAGCUUCCUGGCCUAUUUAAAUGGUCGUGAAGUUUGGUAAGUGUGUAAAUGUUAAGAUGUUUAGAAAUAUUGAUCGAUAUUCAUUGUUGUACUCGUACGUUAAAUACCGUAGAUAGGAGAUAAAUACUUUGAUUCGUGGAGUAAAAUUGAUCAACGAUUUUGAAGCUUUAAGAUGUCGACUCUUGAACGUGACCUUAAAAAUCUAUUGAUUUAGUUAUAUUAAGAACGGUCAUAAACAAUUUCCAUAGUUUUAAUGUUAAUCCAUGAAUGAAAGUAAUAUAUACGGUAAAGAUAAAGAUUCUUUAUUUGCAAGAAUACUUAAUACUAAAAUACAGGUGUUUUGUUAAAAUAUGGUGUACAGUAUUCAGUCGCAUGACAUGCAAAUUUUCUAUAAAAAAAAUGUUAUCUAAGUUAGUUAUUAUAUACUUUCAGCCAAAAAUGAGCAGC